AUGGUCUGUUUCUCAUAUAGACCAAUCAUGCUGCCGGAGGGAACCGAGCCGACAAACUGUACUCUGUGUUGCUGGACUGUGACCAACAAGAUUUUGAUGGUAGUUUUUAUGGUCAUCUUGAUUUUUGCUAUCUUGUUCGGCAACUCGGUGACAUUAGCCGUACUGUGCGGGACUAAGCACUUUCAUACGCCCCAGGGAUAUCUGAAAGCGUCGCUAGCGGUGGCUGACUUGGCGGUAGGGAUAUUUGUGGUGCCAGUCUCCGUUUACGCAGAGGUGUCGCUUAUGUUGAACAUCUCCGCGCCAGAAUGGAUCGUGAACAAUUCACAAGCAACAACUUUUCACCCGUGCAAUUUAAUUGGCCCCAUUUUCGCUGGCUGCACCUUUGUGUCCAUUACGACUAUAUUUUUCCUUACUAUCGAACGGAGCAUCGCGGUUUUGAGGCCGUUGCACAAGGAAUCAGUCAUUACGCGCAAACGGACCACUAUCCUCAUACUCUUCUCAUGGAUGGGAAGUUUCUUUCUGGCUGUGUCUCCGAUGAUUUUCAGCAAUGAAAUUGCCCUCGAAUAUAACCUAUGUAGUAGAAUGUGCAAUUACGCACUGGGCACAAUCGACACGUUUCCUUCCCAGGCAUGGAACAUUCUCCUGCUCUUUCCCGCGUUUGAUUUCACACUCCUUGGUGGAACCGUGGUGAUAAAUAUAAUUUCAUUGUCUAGCAUACGCCAGAACUCAAAGCAGAGAAAACAUCUGGCUGAAAGCGAAAGCGGCUCCAAACCCACUUUCUCCGAUAUCAAGGCUGCCAAAACGAUAGGGACCUUAACGCUGGCUUUUACGUUAUCCUUCACCCCCAUUGCUGUCUUUGUCGUGGGAAAUGUUAUUGGAAACGAAUGGUGCAACUUUUCGCUUUUUGCUUUUUGGAUACUGACUACGAAUAGCUGUUGGAAUGUUAUAAUAUACAGUGUGAGAGACCAGAAGUUUAGGCUGCGCGCGCACAAGCUUCUGAUUCCUUCCCAAAUCAAGAAUGUCUCCAAGACCUCAAAAACGGUGGACAUUUUGUCUUAAUCCCAUUUUGACAUUUCUGUACAUGUCGAAAUGACGGAUUUAUGAUAAUGGUACCAAAGACAAUGUAAUAACGAAAUCAAAGCAGCCUACAGAGAAAUGCUAGGCUAUAGUAUCUAUGUGAUCGAUGCUUUACGCCCACACCUGUUAGGGCAGGGAUCAUCAACUAGGUUCAGCACGCAGGCAGAUUUUUUGGUCAAGGUGCAGGAACAUAAUUACAAAUAAUGUGUCGACUACAAAUUUACCGCAUGAAGCCCAAAUAGAUCACUUGGAGCUGAUUGACUAUAACAAUAAUUUCAAACAUUGGUUACAUUUGUUUACGAUCACAUACACGGAGUAUACCAAACAUUAGGAAAACCAAUGCUUCCCACAGUGUCAAAUUGGCUGGAUGUAUUUGGGUGGCGGACUAUUCUUGAUUCACAAGGGAAACUGUUAAACGUGAAUAACCCAGCAGCAUUGCGGUUCUUGACACAAACCGGUGCGCCUGGCAACUACUUCCAUAACUCGUUCAAAGGCACUUACAUUUUUUGUCUUGCCCAUUCACCCUCUGAAUGGCACACAUACACAAUCCAUGUCUCAAGGUUUACAAAUCCUUAUUGAACGAGUCUCCCCUUUAUAUACACUAAUUGAAGUGGAUUUAACACAGUGACAUCAAUAAGCGAUCAUAGCUUUCACCUAGAUUUACCUGGUCUGUCUAUGUCAUGGAAAGAGGUGUUCUUAAUGUUUUGUCUACUCAGUGUAUAUUUCUCCGAUUUUUGGAAUACUUCAGAACAGACACCAAACAUUCAAAUCACUUGGAGCUGAUUUGCCGGUGUUUUCCUAGUAUUUUAUGUCCAAAAAUAAAAAAUAAAAUGACAUCAUAAAAGCAUAACACGUUUUCAAAUAUGAUGGUAUAGCAGCUGUGUCUUAGGUUAUGUCAUGUUCAGUGCACACUUAGCCAUUAUGUGAAAUGAUUGUUUUUAGUCAGCAAUACUUGUCAACGUGUAAACUGUGUGUACUACACUUGCUCAAAUAUGUGGUAUUAUUGACACAAUGUGU